AUGGGUAAAAGAAAGUUAACAGUUCUGUUCGCUCCGGGCUAUUACGUGGGGGCCAUUAUGUCGAGCAUAGGUAUGGCCGAAGUGUUGCGGGACAGCGGCGGACACCGGUGUGUGUUUGCGGUGACCGACGACUGGAAGUCACGGCUCGAAGCGAUCGGCUUUGAAGUGAAAGUUGUCGGCGAGAAAGUGGACGGAAAGGGAAUGCAAGAGAAUAAUGUGGAAGAGUUGACUAAAAACGGGACACUUUCACAGUUAACUCCAAUGGAAAAAUUGGUGGCAAAUAUUGAAUUUUUUUACAAUUGCUUUAUUAUGGCUGAGAAAGAGACGGAUCCAUACGUGAAGACCAUAAUCGCUGACACGAAACCAGAUAUUAUUAUUUCCGACAAUUUAAUAACACUUCCAUCGAUAGUCACAUCAGGUAUUCCCUGGAUAUUCAGUUGGAGUAAUAGUCCUCUAUCUCUGGACUUUGGCAUAAAUGAUGAACGUUUACCACCAUCUGCUUUAGGUUUGCCAACAAAUAGUGAGAAAAAAGUGAAAGAAAAAUACAGAAAAUUAGUAAACGAAGCGAAAGCCAAACUUUGGUAUAAACAUAGGGAUAGAGUGAUUGCCAACGGAUGUCCAGUUCUCCAAGAGUUCCAGUUGUGGACUCCCUCUCCCUUCGCUAACAUAUAUAUGACACCCAAAGAGCUCGACUACACAGACAUUAGGCCAUUGCCCGACACUUUCCAUGGAUUUGAUUGUUACAAGCGUUCAGGAAAUUUAGAUGAUCUUGAUGCUUUUGAAUUACCUCAAAAGUUGAGCAAUAAAUCGGGAAAAUUGAUAUAUCUAUCGUUGGGUUCAAUGGGAAGCGGAAAUGUGGAGCUAAUGAAGAAAUUGGUUGCAAUUUUAGCCAAAUCUAAGCACAGGUUUAUUGUCUCCAAAGGUGUGAAACACAAUGAAUACGAGUUGGCGGACAAUAUGUGGGGCGAGAAAAGUGUCCCUCAAAUUAAAGUAUUACCACUCAUUGAUUUGAUGCUAACCCACGGCGGGAACAAUACUGUAACCGAAACCAUGUAUUUCGGGAAACCAAUGAUUGUUUUGCCCCUAUUUUUCGAUCAAUACGAUAACGCACAGAGAGUUACCGAAAAAGGGUUUGGGGUUAGACUCGAUCCCUACGAGUGCUCUGAACAACAAUUAUUGGAAUCCAUUGAAAAUUUAACAGUGUUGUUCGCACCGCUCUCUUUUGUGGGGCCAAUGAUGUCGAGCAUAGGUAUGGCUGAAGUAUUGCGAGACAGCGGACACCGGUGUGUGUUUGCGGUGACCAACGAUUGGAUCGCUAGACUCGAGUCAAUGGGGUUUGAGACUAAAUUAGCUGAAAAGCCCGUAAACGUGAGCACUACUAAAAAAUGUGUCGUCGAUUCGGCAAAUAGUAAUGCAAACGAUUUGUUGAAAAUGGGAGGACUCGACAAUAUAUCUCCGUUUCAAAAAGUGGUCAAUAGUUUUGAGUUUGUAUUUAAUGUGUUUAUAAAAGGCGAAGAAGAGACGGAUCCGUAUUUAAAGCUAAUUAUAUCCGAUUUAAAGCCAGACGUUAUUAUUAGCGAUCAUAUCGUGAAUCUUUCAUCGAUAGUCAACUCUGCUAUUCCCUGGAUAUUCAGUUGGAGUAAUAGUCCCCUAUCUCUCGAUUAUGGCUAUGAAGACAAUUCUCUUCCGCCCUCUUUCUUAGCACUAAAAGAGUUUCAGAUCUUUACUCCCUCUCCGUUUGCAAACUUAUAUUUGACGCCUAAAGAGCUCGACUACACAGACAUCAGGCCAUUGCCCGACACUUUCCAUAGAUUUGAUUACUACAAGCGUUCGGGAAAUUUGGAUACUUUUGAAUUACCGGAAAAACUGAAGAAUAAAUCGGGAAAAUUGAUUUAUCUAUCGUUGGGUUCAAUGGGUGGCGGAAAUGUAGAACUUAUGAAAAGAUUGGUUGCAAUUUUGGCCAAAUCUAACCAUAGAUUUAUUGUAUCUAAAGGUAUACAUCAUAAUGAAUACGACUUACCGGGCAAUAUGUGGGGCGAUAGGACUGUCCCUCAAAUCAAAGUGUUGCCGAUCUGUGAUCUGGUCAUAACCCACGGCGGGAACAAUACUGUGACCGAAACCAUGUAUUUUGGAAAACCAAUGAUUGUUUUACCCAUUGUUUGCGAUCAAUACGAUAACGCACAGAGAGUUAUGGAAAAAGGAUUUGGGGUUAGACUCGAUCCCUACGAUUGCUCUGAACAACAAUUAUUGCAAUCCAUUGAAAAUGUAUUGAAUGACAAAACUAUUGCUGAGAAUUGCAAGAAAGCAUCGAAACGAAUUCAAAGCGAAAAGUCUAUCGAAAAACUUGUUAAAUUGGUUGAAAAUCUUGCUAAAUAA